AUGAAGACACUGUUUGAAGAGAUCAAAGCAUCAAUUAAAAAUAACUAUAACCAAGAUCGCUCAUUUUGGAGGCCUGUUCUUCCUUGGGGAGGUGUUUUCACUCUCAAAGCUGGCCGCAAGGCAGUAUCCUGUACACCACUCUAUGUUGAAAUAAGACUGAAAAAUACCUGCACCAUAGAUGGAUUCUUGAUGUUAUUAUAUGUCAUUCUUAAUGAAAAUGAAAAUUUCCCCAGGGAACUCUCUCUUCAUUUAGGUAGAGAGUUUAUAGACUGUUUUCUUUAUUUAAUGGACACCUACAGUUUUACAACUGUGAAGCUACUUUGGAUUUGGGACAAGAUGGAAAAACAGCAGUACAAAUCUGAAGUUCAUAAAGCUUCACUAGUAAUUGAUUUGUUUGGGAAUGAGCAUGAUAAUUUUACAAGAAAUCUUGAAAAUCUCAUGUCUACCAUUCAAGAGAGUUACUGUUCCAACUGGAGAUGCCCAACUCGAGUACAGGAAGAUCAGCAGCGCAUAAUUAUUAUAAAGUGUGGUGGCUUAAGAGAAUUUUCCCAAAGAAUUUUCUGCCAUGGAGCACCCCCUUUUGUUGUCUUAAAUAUGCAGCAUUGGAAAUCUGAAGAUCUGGCAUAUGUACCCUAUUACUUGGAUUUAUCUGAUCACAAGUAUUUAUUGGAAGGUGCCACAUUAUUUAACAAAGAGGAACAUCAUUAUUCUGCAGCUUUCCAGAUUGAUGGACAUUGGAUGCACUAUGAUGGCCUCAGAAAUGUGAAUUUAAUUUUGUUAAAUAAACCCCCAGAGUUUCUCCUCUUGUCAUCAUUGGUUUAUAUUCGAGCAACAGAAAAAUAA